GGCUGAGUCGACGACCAACACUUGAUGGUCAGACGUCGCGAGAGACGGCCGCGCACCACUCUAUUGUUGCCGACUCGAUUGUUGCAAGCCGCCGCGAACUUACGCACGCACCACUCACGCGUAGUGAUUAUCGAUCAAAGCUCGAAUCGUAGUGGCAGUGUUACUGAAUCGAAUGAACAAGUGUGAAUCGUGAAUCGCUUAGUGCAAAAUGGUGCUAAGUGUCAGAUUCUUCAUUGUGUGCUGUUGUCUUAUUACCACUAGGGUCCACUCAGCAUCACAGCACCUGGACUCGGCCGAAUACUCGGAGUCGACGGAGGUAUCCAUCGUGUCAGUCUCCUCGUCAGCAUCAGCUGAACUUCACGAGGGAUCCGGCGAUGAUCCUCCCGACCCUGUACUGUCAAGUAAUCUUAAGAAUGAAACGAGAGAAGCCCUCAAGAGUGAUGGCAGUGAACAAGAUCCGGUGGUGUUUCUAUCGGAGAAGAACAGUUACAUUCCAGUGAGCAUCAAGCCUCGUUCUCCAGCAGUGGACACCGCGUGGAGAGAGCCACCGGCUUGGGAGCGAGAGUACAGGAGACAUCGGACUAAUGGAAGCCGAGUGCAAUAUAUUGAAGCGGAAUGCCAAGAUGACUUCAUGAAGAUAAGGGUUGGCUUCAACGGAUCCUUCUCCGGACUUGUGUAUUCAGCAGGUUACUCAUACGACCCGGACUGUAUGUACAUAAAUGGGACGGGGCGUGAUUACUACGAGUUCUACAUCCAGCUCAACAGAUGCGGAACACUGGGAAGAAACGGCCAGCAUGACGACAGCAGGAAACAUCCUACUAAGAACCUCAUGUGGAACACGAUCACGGUGCAGUACAACUCGUUGAUUGAAGAAGAGCUGGACGAACACUUCAAGGUCACCUGCGAGUACGGAUACGACUUCUGGAAGACCGUCACAUUCCCUUUUUUGGACGUAGAGGUGGCGACAGGCAACCCAGUGGUGUUUACGCUGCAACCACCUGAGUGCUACAUGGAGAUUCGCUCAGGGUACGGUGCUAAUGGAGCGCGCGUGUCAGGACCCGUGCGCGUUGGAGAUCCACUCACCUUGCUGAUUUACAUGAGGAGUGCUUAUGAUGGAUUCGACAUUGUCGUGAAUGACUGCUUCGCUCAUAACGGUGCAACCAAGCGGAUACAGCUUAUUGAUGAAUAUGGCUGCCCAGUAGACGACAAGCUGAUCUCUCGUUUCCGCGGCUCAUGGUCCGAGUCAGGCGUGUUCGAGACACAGGUGUAUGCGUACAUGAAGACGUUCCGAUUCACUGGGUCGCCUGCUCUCUAUAUUGAGUGUGAUGUUAGGAUGUGCCAUGGAAGAUGUCCUUCACAACCAUGCCACUGGCGUAACAUGAAGAGCGUGAAGCGGCGUUCGAUAGAAACGAAGCCAGGCUUGGACCCUGCCUCCAGCGUCGCCCCGCGGCUGUCUGAGAACAUCUCACUGUUCCAGUCACUAAGAGUGCUGCAGGAGGGCGAGGAGGAUCCAGAACUAGCUGCCAGCACAGGUGCUCCAGAAGGCCAGACUUGUAUGAGGACAUCAGCGUUGUCAGCCAUCAUGGUGUCUUGCGGGGUGCUCAUCGCUGCCCUGUGCGGAGGCGUGCUAGCUGCCGCGCGAGGGUUCAGGCGCGGAGAACCACGGACACCCAUUCAUGCAUACGUACCCCACAAAGGACGAAUCAAAUAGGUUAUAACAUAAGUACAUUUUCCUAAAGUUUGCGAGUGAAAUUAAUAUUUUAGUGUUAUGGUUGGCAUUGCUAGAAGUAGAUUCUUGAUACUCCUUAGCCUAAGAAACAACCGUUUCAUUAAUCCGUUUGAGAUUAUUGAAGGAUUCGGAUUAUCUAGUAGUUGUUUGAAUCUGAUUUUUUAAUGUUUGUAGAAGUUCCUUGCACUCCUGCUAUUUAAAUAGCCAUAUUCCAAUUUUUCCAGUACUUAAUAUUAUGUUUGCUUCUAUUAUGUAAGGUUUUUUCACAUGAAGUGAAGUUUUUCAAGCAUUUAGUAAACUUUAAACCUAUCGCCUUUCAAUAAUGAAGUGGUUCGUGUUAUGUACCAAUUUCUGUUUAACCCUGGGUAUCACGCAGAACACAGAUCCACACGAGACACAAUGUGUUUUCUAUUAUGUCUUAUAUAUCAUACGAAAGGUUGAACUAUAGUAAUAUGUUUGGUAUAUAAGCACCUCUACAUUUUUCUAAAGUUUUCAAAAUAGACCACUCUUUAGAAAGUGCAAUUACAAAAGACGAAGUGUCUCGUACCAAAACGUACAAUGGUGCCUUUAAAUUGCCUUUUUAAUUUCGACUUCAUAAAACUAGUAAUAAGGUUUAGUUUACAACAAAUUCUAGAUGUAAAUUAUUAGACUUAAAUUUAAUUUAUGCUCGUUAUUGUAAUACUAAGACAAAUUGUGAGGAUCUAUAUUUUUAUGUAUAAAAAUAUACCUCCUCCGUUUGUCUGUCUAUUUAUGUAUGCAGUUCUCAAAGUUGUGAUAAAAUAAGUAUUAAAAUAGAGUUAACUACAUCGUAAAUUAUUUAGUAAUACAACGAAGCUUAUUUUUUAUCUGUAUUUAGUUUAAACAGUAUUGCCACAUUCAUAAAAUAUACGAUUGAUAAAUCAAGCUUACACUUUUACUAUAUUGGAGUAAUAGGUUUUU